UAAUUGCAUUGCGCAGUUGCCUAGCUAGGGGGGGUAAAUCGUGCUUUCACGUUUUCGGCGCGCUUUUGACACCACUGUGAAACCAGAGAGCCGGUGGGAGGAAGGGAAGCGGCUGUUCAGUAACCUGGGCUGGUCUUUAACUGUCUAAGGCUGGUACACCUGACUACUAUCGUGAUUAGCAACCGCUGCUGUUGACUGUUUACGCAGGAAGUACACAGGGGACGUUUGCUUGCAACUGGCAAGCCCCAUCUUUGAAAUAAAACCAGAGGUGUGGAGUGAUGAGAGUGGGCAAGUAAAGGAGGCAGGUCUCCCAGUAGAACAUUGACAGACAAGUGGGAAGUCAAGCAAGGAUGCUGGAGGCAGAUGCAGACUCAGCCGGUGCAGCACCAGAGAGCGAAGAAGAGGCUGAGAUGGGGAGCAGAGACUUGAAGACUGAGGUGGUACGACUGACUCUGGAGCUCCAGGAGGCCACAGAGGAGAAGCUACAGGCAGCUCGCUAUGGCCUGGUGGUGCUGGAGGAAAGUAGUGCUCUCAAGAUUAAAUACAGGCAGCUAGAAGAGGAGCAUGAAACCCUCAAAGGGGAGCUACAGCAGCUCAAAGAGGCAUUUGCAGAUUCUGUGAGCAGCCAGAAGCGUGCAGCUGCUGAUGGAGAGUGCCGGGAGGAGAACCUGCUGCAGGAGACUGCUACUAAGGAGGCUGCCAUGGCAACCCGGUUGGAGGAAGUCCAGGCAGAGCUCAAGCAAGCGCGCCUUGCUUUGAGCAAUGCCCAUGCAGAGAUAGAUAGACUGGGGGGGGUCACCACCCAGCUAAAAAAGGAGUGUGAGUGUCUGGAGGCCGAAAAGGGCCAUCAGAGGGAGGAGAUGAAGGAAUAUAAAAUACGUGAGCUGCGUCAGUUGCAGGACAAUGGCGAGCUAGAAGAUGAGAACAUAUCUCUCCAAAAACAGGUGUCUGUGCUCAAGGAAAACCAGGUUGAAUUUGAAUCAAUAAAGCUGGAGCUGACCCAAAAGAACGAGGUGCAGGAGGAGCUGCGAGCUCAGAUGGAAGAGGCUGAAAGGCUGAGGGAGAUAGCAGAGAGGCAACUGGAUGAGGCCCUGGAAGCCCUGAAGGAGGAGAGGGAGCAGAAGAACUGUCUGCGGCGAGAGCUCUCUGCCCUGACCCUUAACCCCUUUGAUUCUGUGGGGAACUUGGAGCUCCACUUGGAUCAGCUGGAUGACAGCCAGGAGGAGGGCCAGGGGGUAGAGGGCGAGGGAGAGGAUCAGGACAGCGGCAUUAAUAAUGGUCCUGGUUCUGCUCCCAGUUCUGCUCACCCUCCUCACUUGGGGGGCUCCAAAAGUAAUGGCCUCAUCCAUCGCUACUCCACUCCACGCAACAGUGACGUAUUCCUGCGUGCUCCUGCUUCUGGGCUGGUGUCAGACUUGUUGAGUGAGCUACACUUUUCCGACAGUCAGAAACUAAAACAGCAACUCCUACAGGCAGACCGAGAGAAGUCCAGUCUGGUGAGCAAGGUGGAGGAACUGCAAAUGCAGCUGGUAAUGUCCAAACAGGCACUCAGUCAGCAAGCAGACAAGGUUGGAUCUCUCACUCAACAGCUGGAAGCUGUGCACAGCAGCCAGCAGCACAACCAGGAGGCAGACAGCAGGGGAGAUGAUGAGAAUGGAGGCGGCAGCAAUGCAGCCUUCGAUUAUGAGGUAGACACCAAGAGCAAAGAGGUGCUGGAGGCACGCAUGCGUUCGGCCAGUGAAGAGCUUCUGAAGCUGCGGGAUGAACUUUCUCAAGCAGGAACUCGUUAUAACACCCUGGAGCACAGAUACAAGCAAGAGAAGGAUCGUUGGAGGGCAGAGGCCCAGGAGCUAGCUGACAAGAUCCGUCAAUGCAUCAAGUCCAGCAAGCAGGACCAGGAGCGCAUCAGUGAGCUGGAGAAGGAGAUUGGAGCUACACGGAAAGUAGCCAUUGAUUCUGAAGGGCACUUGAGCGUUGCCCAGGAAGAGCUGCUUGCUUUCUCUGAGGAGCUGUCCAACCUCUAUCACCACAUCUGCGUGUGCAACAACCUGACACCCAAACGAGUCACCCUGGACUACUACCGGGAUGGUGCCAGGGCAAGUGUUGGAGGAAGUAGUGCCCGAAGGUCACACUACGUCUACCCCCAGAACAACUCCCAGAAGAAACCGCGAGCCAAUGACAUGUUUAGCUCCAAAGCUUCAGCAUUGCAGUUCAUGGGGGAGGUGGACAGUGCAGGAGCCAGCGGAGACUCUCCCAAUUGCCCUGGAUCCCCCACCCUGGAUUUCAGGGACCCUUCAAAUGUCCGUAACUUGGUAGCGGUCAUCCGUUGCCAGAUCAAACACCUCCGGGUGGCAGUGGACCUCUGUCGUCAGAGGGGCGCAAUGCCUUACUCAGGGUUCAGCAGCAGUGGAGAGUCGGAGCGGGAUGCUGAAAGCCUCAUGGAAGAAGUACUAAAACUCAAGUCCCUUCUAAGCACCAAAAGAGAACAGAUUGCUACCCUCAGGACUGUCCUCAAGGCUAACAAACAGACUGCGGAGUUGGCCCUGUCCAAUUUGAAAACCAAGUACGAGACAGAGAAGAGCAUGGUGUCAGAGACCAUGAUGAAACUGCGGAACGAGCUCAAAGCCUUGAAGGAGGACGCCGCCACCUUCUCUUCAUUGCGAGUAAUGUUUGCCAGUCGGUGUGAUCAGUAUGUCACCCAGUUGGAUGAGAUGCAGAGGCAGCUGGCAGCAGCCGAGGAUGAGAAGAAGACACUGAAUUCUCUGCUGCGUAUGGCCAUACAGCAGAAACUGGCUCUUACUCAGCGUUUGGAGGACCUGGAGGUCCCUCUGUCUCCCCACAGCUUGAACAGCAGCCCCCGCCGCUCCAGGGCCAAAGAGUUGGCCACCAAGUCAGGCCGGGCCCCACGCAGCCCCCGAAACAGUCCUGCACGCCCCCCGCUGAGAAGCAGUCCAAGAGCUAGCCCUGUUCUCGGCGGCAGUGUUUCUGCCAUGGCCACGCACCACCUGAGAGGUUUAACACGAAGUCUCCACACAAGCCCUCGCUGAAACACUCCUUCCAUUACUCCAAACCCCAUCUUCUCCAUAAGGACCUGUCUUGACUCCCGGCUUCCUCCUCCUUUCCUGACUUGAGACAUCUUGUCCAUCCCAGAUAUGAUGCAACAUUCCCCAGUGUACCCACCAGAACCAUGGAUUUAAAGAAGUAAAAAAAAAAAAAAAUCUUAUCCCGCCCUCCUGCAUGCAGCCCGGAGAAGGAUGAAGGGACAGAUGUGCUGCUCAUUGCUCUGUGAAGUCAUUGAUUGUCUUGUCCCAAGUGGAUCCAACUUCCAUCUGGUCAUGUGCAAGCCGGCUGUGUUGUGGUGAACCAUUGGCAGUAUUUAUUCCAGAAUGAGAGACUUUGUCCAAUGUCCAAUAUUAACUCCUCAGACUUUGAUUCAAGGCUAUGAUCUGUCUUUACACUCUUGCGUGUAGUCUGUCAUCCUGGUCAGGGCUGUCUGGCGUCUUUAAGUGUCUGUAAGCCAUUAGAUCAUCUGUGAUAACUCUCCCAGGUAGUUGUUUUUUGUAGAACAAUGCAGCCUUGCUAACAUAAUUGCUAUCCCACAAGUGAGAGCUUGCAAUCGUCCUGAGAUUCCUCCCUUUCCCUGGUGGUAUCAUUACAUGCCCUUUUUCUUUUUUUAAUCCUGUGACAUGUCUGGCACUUUGGAUUUUGCCUAAAAGCCACACCCUUUAACUAUAGGUCAGUAAACUUAAGCAUUUUCAUCGAUGGAAAUAGAUUAGCCAUAAGUUCAAAGUUUACCACCUCAGGUCAAAUGGAGUUAUCGAAUACAUGAUUUGGGAGAUCUUAAAUGUGCAUCUUACUUUGCAAACUAUGCAGACCAAGUCAGGACAGUUCAUGCUGUUUUUAUAAGGUACCUUCAGUUUCAUUACAGUGGCUGGCUGUAGCUAUUUUACAACAGCUGGGUAGCAUUGCAGCUUUUGGAAAUCAUCUGGGAAUGCUAAGUGGCACAAUUGCAAGCAUCCUCCCAAACAUUUGUUUUCUGCUUGUGGGUUGUGAAUUUUAAAAGACACUGUCUUACAUCACCCAAUCAUUUAAGUGGCUUGGUUUACCUAAAACUACUGCUAACAUAUUGGACCAUUUCUCUUGGUUACAUAAUUCUAAUAACAGUUCCCAUUCAGCUUCUGCUUUUUCCUCACUCCUUUAAACAGCUACGCAACAAUACCCAUGUUUUGUAUCCCAUUACUCAAUGUCAGAAUGCUUUUGUCUACUACCAAAGUAAGCAUGUCGUACUGAACUAGUAUUACCCACAACAAGCUAGUUUUCUUCUGUGGCUGCAGCAUCCAUUGUUUUAAUUUAUGAAUGAUUAUAGAGCUAGCAUGCUGCUGUUAGAGUUGCUGCUUGUUGAAAGAUGUAAUAAUAUUCUCCCAUAAUUUUAAAAGAACACAGUGCUUUGCAUCUACAAGCACAUUAUGGCUUCAAACUAAAAAUAAGUACAUUUUACAAAAUUAAAUAUUUCACUCCAAUGUGACAUUGCUUUGCAAAGGGAAGCUCCAUAAGGAAGGGUGUUGGAUUGCAAAGGAAAGACAUGUAAACGCACAUGCAUCUGUGGAUACCUCCAACAUGGGUUGCUUAUAGAGUAGUUUGAAGCCAGGGCUGUGGUUGGAAAACCGCAGCACAUAUUAAUAGGAACACUGUUACAACACUUUUCUCAUUGAAUGCAGUUAAAAUUCAAAUUGAAUUGACCCAAUGAGACCAAUCAUGAUCUUUAAGACCACAUUUUGAAAUAGCCAUUAGAAUAAUUGACAACUAAUUGCAAAAAAAUGUUGAUAUCCAUUUUCAACUGUCCAGUGGUUCAGUAGAAGAGGCCACAUCCUGCUGAUUUUUUUUUUUUUUUGUAUUUUUAGUGCCUUGAUUUUGAUCUUGUCUGUUGUUUUAGACGGCAUCAUAUUUUCUAAAUAGAGGCUACUAUUCAAACACUGUAGUUGUGAUUUUUUUUUUGAAGGUAUGUUUUAUUUGCCUUUGAGGAAACUCAUUGAGCAGUAUUAGCACUGAAUAUAGCGAUUUCUCAUUAUGGUAAAAUAUUUUCACUUUUGAGUUAGCAUGCGUUCUAUAAACGCAUUAGUAUUAACUAUUGAAUAAUGAAUGCGGAAAGUCAAGAACAAUGUAUCAAAAACAUUAUAGAUACAUUUCCUGGCUGAAAAGUGGAAAUGCUUUAACAUUAUGUCAUAUUGCUUCGAAGGUUGUAAAUGGAUUUCUAUAUCUAUUUAAUUCACUCUGUGAAGAUGUGUGUGUGUGUAUAAUUUAAUUACCAUUGUUGUAUAAUAUUUUAACUAUAUUUAUGUGGUCAGCGUUCUGUAUUCACAUCGUCUCAAGGACGACAUCCACACACUCCACAUAACCCAUGUGAUGGUCCUCAACUUUGUAUGUGUAUGCAAUUUCCUUUCUUUGACCUGUGAACCACUUUUGUCAUGAAGAAUUAAAACAAGCCAACACUC